CAUGGCGGCCCGCAGCAAGGGAACCGAGUGGCCUUAGACUCCUAACUUCCCCGCGGUCGAAAACUUGGAUAAAAGUCUGUAUUUAAGUCGAGAGGUAGUUAGCAGACCAGACCAGACUCAGGAUGGGCAAAGUGAAGCACCGGAGACAGCGUGGGGCGCGCUAUAACCCCACGGGAAUCUCACACAAUGGCAGUUCUGCAGACGAGGCUGAACGGGACCCGCAAGUAAAAUCGCCAGCGGGGCUUAAGGUUAUUGGGGAAAAGCUGUCUAGUGUAAUUGUUGAAGACAGAGUAGAUGGCCUGAACACUCUGGCAGCUCUUGCAUUGGAUGAAGAAAGUUUGACUAUUAUUGUGAAAGAUAUGAUGGUGGAGAAGGUAGCGCCAUUACUAAAAGACGGCAGUGUUGAUGUCAGACUAGCAGCAGCAGGAGCUUUGAGGAACAUUAGUGCUGGAGGCACUGAUGAGGUUGUAGAGGCAAUGGUCCAACAGGAUGUGUUAUCACCGCUCUCAAAACUGCUCCAGGACUAUAGGGAACCCUGGACCCCAGCACAGAAAGAGCAAGACGCUUUGCAAACGGGUCGCAAAGAUCCACAGACUGAAGUCUUUAUUCAAGCUACUCAUCUUUUGUGGAAUCUCUGUGAGUGCAAUGAAGAGGCUAUGAAAACCUUCAAUCAUGAUGGAUUGGUCCAUAUUCUCCUCCUUCACCUGGACCCAACAACUUGGGGAAACAAUCUAGCUCUGGCUGCUGCAGAGUGCCUUCUUUGUGUCUCAGAGAACAACUCAAAUGCAGCAUCGGUACUCCUUCCAGCGGCAGACUCCUUGGUGUCUUAUAUCUCCAGACCGACUGAUUCGGCUGUGGAUAUUCGAUUUGCAAUAACUAUUGCCGGAUUGCUUUUGAACAUUAAUUACUGCACAACUGGUGGUGACAACUUUCAACUAGUCCUCCGGCUACUUUCUACAGUAUUAGAAACGGAUACAGUUAAUCUGGUAGUGGAAUAUUGCCAGAGUGCCAAUGCUGACAAUGGUAUCAAGCCAUCCAUGACACCCCAAGAUCAAGAGCACCUUAUAACAGCCCAGCAAUUAGCAUUAGAAAUUCUCUCAAAUAUCUGCUGCUCUGAUGAUGAUGAUGACAGUUGGGAUGAAUGUGAAAGUGAAUCAGUAGAUGGAGCAGAGAAUGGUAUGGAAGAUGAUACUAUGGAAUUAGAAGACAGACUUUCACUGCCACCAGAGGUUUUAGAAGGUAUAAAACAUUUUCAGUUGUUUAAAAAAACACUGAAGAAAGCAAACUACCCAGAAGAAGAUACAUGCCAAGCCCUUCAGAACUUGAAAUAUGGACCAUCACUACUUAACAAAUUGUCUGCAUUAAGAGUACGAGCUUUACUUAGUCUCCAGAAUAUGGUUGGGUCACUAGACCAUUCUGAGUUAGGAGGAUCAGAGUUGAUGUACUCCACUUGGGUCAAUUUAGGCAUCAUAGCCUUCAAGACCAACUGUGGUGAUAACCAGCUUGUAGAGGCAGCGGCAGGAGCUAUGAGAGCAGUCCUAGACCGCUUGAGUCAGGAUAAAUGUGACAAGCUGGCAGGUAUCAUGCAGGAAGACCUUCAGCUAAUCUUUGAGGCAGGUGUAUCAUGCCCGAUGGCUAGUGUGCGAGCAAACCUAGCUCGCAUGGUAGGGAUGCUUGGUUGUCUCAUGGUCACACAGAACAAUGAAACUGCUUUGUACUCUGGAACUGCACAACCUGUUCUGGUAGCAGCAACAGAGUAUUUGCUUAGGGUAGCAGGUCAUGAUAAGGAACUCUGGGUAUCAGCAGAAGCACUUGAUGUGAUUAUAGAUUUGUAUUCGGAUGACAAAACUGAUAAGUUGGCUCACCAAGUACACUUGGUAGACACAUUAAAAGAAAUCCAACCGCAAUUUAAGUCUAGGCACCAGCAGCAAAAGAAGAAGCUUGGAGACCACAGAGCUUUGGUGCUGACAGUGAGAGACAACCUUGUUGCUUUUAUAAAGUACAAAGGACCCAGAGCUGCCAAAUUCAGAAACACUUGAGGAAUUAGAUAUAUAAACAGUGCUUUAAGGCAUUCAUCACUAUACAUCUUGGCAUGAAUUUUUCAAAAGUACAUUGUGGUUGUGUGAGAUUUUUUUGUGUGUUUGAUAAUCAAUUAAAGUGUCAUAUGUUACUAAAUUAUUCCAUUUAUCUCAGUGCAGAACACAAUUCUGUCAUAAAAAAAAUCCCCAAAACUGGGGCUCAUCUUGUACAUUAGGUAUAAAAUCCAAACCAUAAUAUAACUUCUGGAGUAUCUCAUAUUCAAACAAACAUGCCAUUUUUCUCUUGGUAAUGUUCUUUGUAUGAUUAUUGAGACAUUUCCUUUUUCCAUUAGUGUCUCACCCUGAUACCCAGUAUCUUACAGCCAUAUUGUUGUCAGUAUGUUUUCUUGGUGUUCUGUAUAAUUUAAGGGAUAUUUUCUGUAUUGAACAUAUUGAAAUCAAGCUUCAUUUCUACUAAGGGUUUGCUUAUUUUAUACAAAAACUCAAGGUGAACAUUGAUAUUUUUCAUGAUGCUGUAUAACCCAAACAUAUACCAUAUGAUAUAGUGUGCAUGCAGUGAUGAAGGCAAUUAGAACUUAAUCCAUUAUGGAAAUAUUGCAUAAUAAGAAGAGAUGUUUAUAACCUUUCCAGAUCUGUUUGCUUUCAUCAGGUUUUAUCAUUACUAACUUCCUUGCAAAAUUUUCUGAGAGCCUCUCUGUUAAAGUGUCAUAUUAAGAUCCAGUGAACUAUUCAAAGGGAGAACUAGUUUCAUUAUUCUAUUAUUUAAAGCCUUUAACCAAUUUCUAAGAAUAGAUCUAUUUCUAUAGCUUCAAGAUUUUCACUGCUUUUAUUUUCAUAUGCUCUGAGGUUUUGAAAUCUGCUUCUGCACUUGAUGAAAUUUUAUUCAAUGCACUCUUGAGUAAAACAAAUUCAUGUAAUUUCUUUCAUGUUUACAUGAGUUGAUAUAUGUAAUUGAGAAAAGUUAAGUAUUAGUUUUAUCCAGUAUUAUUAUGUUUUCAUGAGAGAAUUUCCAAUCCCUGAGAUACAGUAAUAAAAUACUGUCAGUCCUAUUA